AUGUGUACAGAUGAUUCCCAUCUGGGCCUGGCGCUUGUGAUCACUUUAGAGAUUGCACUCGAGGAUAGUCAGUUAAGCAGCGCGCCCAGCUGGGCAUAUGAUGGACAGUUCCACUGUAAACGAUGCGCACCGCCACCGGGGCCCGGCUGGGUUCAGUCCAUUGUCCGAACGUUUUCUGCAAAUGGAAUUUUCACGCAUCCCUCAUCGUGUACAUCUUCGUACUCGUCACGGUUCUUCGCCACAACUCUCGAUGAUGAGUUCAUCAUCACUUAUCAAAGGUGGUACAUACCUGAAUACAGAGAAAAAUUAAUCUCAUCCGUUCUUCGAACUUGGUAUUUGAAUCACUCCAUUUUAUAUAGGGGUUAUUUUUCCCGUAACCCGAGUGAUUUUGAUGUUAUCAAGCUUCAUAACCUGACAUUGGUUAACACAGGUGAUUUCGUUAAACGUUUCUUGGAGCGCAGUUCAACCAUCAAACAUAUCAGUUGUCAAAAACGUUUGACCCGAACCAUUCAAGCCUUUAAAUCAUCUAAAUCCGCAGCCGUGAAUCGUAACCUUAAAGUUUUCGGAAAACGAUGGCGAUCACCAACUUCCGGUACCGUUCCUUUGCAUAAAUCCAAACAGCCUUGGAAAUUGUUAGAAGCUGAGAAGAUAUGGUCAAUGAACAUUUGUGGAUCAGGUGUCCGAGUGGGCAUAUUUGAUACUGGUCUCGCCCCAACCAAAAAUCAUCCACACUUUCAUCGUGCUCGUAUCCGCGAACGUACGGAUUGGACUCGUUCGGAAGAUCGUGAUUAUUUACUACGAGCUAAUGUUGCUCUCGGUCGCGAUGAGAACCCGUCUAAUUCGUUGCCAGAUGAUGAUCAGGACGAGGCUAUCGACGGACACGGACACGGGACGUUUGUAGCCGGUGUUAUUGCCGCGACUAGUUUUGCCUCACGCUCUUCCGUGCUAGAAUCUCUGUUUUCGGGACGCCGUGGUCGGCCGAUCGGUUCUAAUCCGUGGAAUGAUUGCCCACCACCGGGCCUGGCUCCACAAGCUGAUCUCUAUAUUUUUCGCGUGUUCACAGACACCCAAGUUUCAUACACUUCGUGGUUUUUGGAUGCUUUCAACUACGCGAUCUCACGUGGAUUACACGUAAUCAACUUAAGUGUUGGCGGGCCGGAUUUUCUCGACCAACCAUUUGUGGACAAGGUAUGGGAGCUCUCAUCAAAUGGUAUUCUCCUGGUCUCAGCAAUCGGCAAUGACGGUCCGCUGUUCGGCACGCUGAAUAAUCCGGCCGAUCAAAUGGACGUACUUGGCGUGGGUGGUGUGGAUGCGACUGGGCGGAUAGCCCGGUUCUCCUCUCGCGGUAUGACCACUUGGGCUAUCCCGUUCGGUUAUGGACAGGUAAAGCCAGAUGUUGUCACCUUCUCCACGGGGGUUAUUAGUUCGGCGAUUGACGGGAAGUGUCGAACACUGUCGGGGACGAGCGUGGCCUCACCGGUUGUCACCGGUGCUGUGGCGCUUUUAAUCGAUGCAGCACUGCAACAGAACGCUGCCUUGGCGAAUACCGAGGCGGGAAGUGAUCAUCGACCAGUUCAAGUGCCUAUCAACCCCGCAAGUGUGAAACAAGCACUGAUUGCCGGUGCCACGCGACUUUCUCAGGUGCGUGUGUUUGGCACAAAAUUCCCUCGAUGGCCGGACGACGAAGAUAUGGAUACCAGCAGCAUGUUCGAGCAAGGUGCGGGGUUGGUGGAUUUAGUUAAGUCACUGUUGACAAUGCAGCGAAUGAAGCCACAAGUAAGCCUUUCGCCCAGCUAUCUGGAUCUCACCGAGUGUCCCUACAUGUGGCCGUAUUGUUCCCAGCCGAUGUAUCACGGAAUGCAAGCAAUCGUGAUUAAUGUGACCGUAUUGAAUUCCAUGGAUGUGGUGGGCUGGAUCAAACAACCGAUCAUCUACCGUCCUUUCACGCAGCGUAACGGUCAUCGUCUUCGCGUGCGAUUCACCCAUUCCGAGCGUUUAUGGCCUUGGGUGGGUUAUCUGGCGGUGCAUUUAGAUGUUGAGUCUAAUGCGGAUGAGACUGUGCCGUCCAACCGUUUUUCCGGAACUGCUGAAGGGCUGAUCACACUGACAGUUGAGUCUUCUGACUCGUCGACUGGCGCUACUCUGAGUCAAAACCUUACUCUGUCGAUCCGUGCCAACAUUGUGCCGACUCCAGAUCGGUCACGCCGCAUUCUCUUUGACCAGUUUCACAGUCUGCGAUAUCCUUCUGGCUACAUCCCACGGGACGAUUUGACGCGUAAAAGUGAACCAUUGGAUUGGCUUGGUGACCACAUGCACACAAAUCUACGGGAUCUUUAUACUCACUUACGUAAAGGGAAUUAUUUCGUGGAAAUCCUCACGUCUCCGUACACGUGUUUUGACGCAAACCAGUAUGGUGCUUUAUUAGUGAUCGAUCCGGAAGAGGAAUUCUUUCCCAAAGAAGUAGAAAAACUAGUUUCUGAUGUGACACAAAAGGGUCUCUCUCUGAUUGUAUUUGCCGAGUGGUACAAUACCAGCUUGAUCGAAGCCUUACAGUUCUACGAUACCAAUACCAAGCGACUUUGGAUUCCCGAGACGGGUGGUUCCAAUCUACCUGCAUUGAAUGAUCUCCUGCGUCCGUUCGAAAUCGAACUGGGUGAUAUGGUGUACGCUGGCCAGUAUACGGUUGGACGUCGAAAAAUUUCAUACACGUCGGGCUCCAGUUUUCGUCGCUUUCCACACCAGAAUAUAUCACAUAUUAUGGGUCGUGGGUAUGUUCUUCGUGUUCCGUUAGUCGAUUUGGGAUCCCAGGUUUUGGCUCGUUCACCGAAAAAUUGGGAUUCCUUAGAAAAAUCGGGUGCAACAUACAAAGUGAACAACAUACCGCAUGUAGAUCAGUCUGAAGGUGUAUGGCGUUUAGAAGCCACGCCGACUGAUCCUAGUCCAGCGAUAUUAGGACUAUGGACUCCGGUGACAGCCUCCACUCAAAUCGGACGCGUGGUGGUCUAUGGGGAUGCGGACUGUUUGACGUCCACACACGUGACUGAGAAUUGCUUUUGGCUUCUGGACGCCGCAUUACAGUUUACUAACAGUCGUCUUGGACACAUCCCUUCACCUUUGGCCGAGCAUGUGUCAGUACCGGGUAAUGAGCUGGAUCCUUUAUCUAACAGACCAUCUCGUCCUCCAGGAUCUUUGCUCCAUCGAAUUAGUAAUGUGCUUCGGAACGAUCAACCGCACAAGGAGUUCAAUGGUGUGCUACCCCGAGAAGCUUAUCGUGAAAUACCUAAUUGCCCUACGUUGCCAAGCAGUCAAAUCCAACCAAUGAACACCACAAAGGACUUCCACAGGUCGUUGUUUCAGUCGCAGCCACUGCUUCUCUACUCUGAUCUGCCCCGAUUCGUUCAACCAAAACCUUACCAUUUUGACGAGGGCUGUCAUGCCGGACCGCUGCCAUCAUAUUUGGCCUUGCCGGGUGUCCGGGGCGGUCAACGACGCCGGAGAUUCCUGUUAGCCACAGAUAUAUUCCAUUUGUUGCGUGAUUCACUUUUUGUAUAUGCACUUGCCCUAUUCAUCAUUUGUCUCGUGUACAGGCGAUUAUGCCUAAUCUAUCGUAAUCCGGUCACUAAUUUUUAUCAUGUUUUACGCAAUUGCUGCCGCCAUUUAACGCACAAAGUUCGUCGCCGGUGGCAUAUUUAG